GGUACGUUCCAGACUUUAGGUGCCAUGAGUUUGGACAUGAAGCCUUGUCACGCGCUGUUUCGAGUUCUUGGGCUGACCAGUCUAUUCCUCACUUUGUAUUGGGGCCUGGCUGGUAGAACGAACAUGGCUGUGACUUGCCCAAUCGUUGCACGUGGCUUGUGCGUUUCGGUGCUUUGGGACGCGUCGCGUCUACCAACUCACCCAGCACAAAACAAGUCUCCUGCAGACUGCACAGAAGGCUUGCUGAGUCUUGCAGGAAGACAUCAUAUUUCAUCCUAUAUGCAGUCGCAUUAUCUCAUGUACCGCCCGGGUGGUGGCUUGAACAAUCGGAUCCAAGGCUUGGAAAUCGGCUUGCUGUUUGCUGUGCUUCUGAACCGCACAGUUGUUAUUGAGACCAUCAACACAGGGCAUUCCAAAGGACGAGAGGUGCAGUACACAGAUUUUCUGGAAGCCAUUGAUGAGUGGCCAACGGUCCGUGCCGGCAUAGACACCAAGCUGUACACUAGCCUUAAGGCAGAAAGCAACCGCUCACACUUGCCUUUGAACCCACAUGCAAACUGCAGCGUAAAUCUUUGGGAUAUGGUUGUGGAGUACUCUUCAUCCACCGACCGAGUGCUGGAGUAUCCCCACUAUGCUGGCUUUUGGCAGUACUGGUUUCGACCAGAGUAUCACAUGGUGGUCGCUCGUUUCUUGGACCAGCAUGUUCGUUUCCGGACCAAUUUUUCGGUGCCGAUACAGUUUGCCCUUCCUUUUCCGUAUGCUCUUCUACACUAUCGGCUUGGUGACAUGCCAGGCCUUCCAUUGUUCAACUGCUCCAAGAUCAACUUCAGUUUCACAGGCGGGGUAUGGAAUCAGUGUCGUCGGAAACACGUGAACGGCAGUGUGGAGUAUCUCACUGUGCAGAAAGCCUUAGAGUUCUGGCAUGUACCUGAGCACCUCAAGCACGUGUACAUCGCAACGAACAGACCCUCGGACCCUCAGAUUGGGAGAACAGUUCGCUUUUUUGCAGAACGUGGUUUGAAGACUUGGACUUGGGAAGAUAUUUCAUCCUUUUGGCCAGCGGAUUUGGGAGCACGAGAUGGUUCUGCCGUGAGUGCCAUUGAGCAAGUUCUUGCUAUCAACGCUGACACAUACUUUCCUGCGUGGCCCAGCUCGUGGGAUGCCGUUGUUGUGACGAGGAGGUUGGCCCGCCAGAAGCGGCUGGCUCAGGAGCAUCACCAGCUCAUUGUGGACGGCCACCUGCGCAACAAGAACGGCCGUUGCCAGCGAUAA